GUCGUGUAGCUAUAAGCUAGGCUGUGGGUAGGGGAUUGAAACCGUUGUUUUUCAUUAGGUUAACGAAUAUAACGACUCAUAAUCAAGCAACAUGUCGAUCCCGCUGAGCGGUACGGUGAAGCGAUCGGCUGGUGUCUUCAGUGCAUUGAGCAAACAGUUAAAGAGUGUAAAUUUGAAGCCUGUAAAGAAGAUCUCCAUCGCGUUCGACCCUUUCGGCAGCAAUAUCGAAGCGACGAGGUCGUUUAUGUAUUACCUGACUGGGCCAAAAGUUGCAGCAACUAAUACAAACUGUCGUGUGAAAGCUCAUGUACUAUGCGAUCGAUCUGAACCGUCCGUCACCUUCAAUCUGAACAGCGGAGAGAACAUCAUUUUCAAAUCUGCAAACCUGACAACUUUGGAGCUCCUGCAGCUCUUGAACAAGUACAUAAGCAGUCAAGCACCAGUCGAAGAACCGGUUGUCGGAUUGAAAACUAAAUCAGAAAGGAAGCGGCGAUAGAUAAAUCUAUCAUUUUAAUAACUCUGCUGUCUGUAUCUGAUCCGAUUCUUUAUCUUCUUGUUCAUAAAUAGAAAAUAAUUAUUAGACGUAACUAGAAAUUUAGAAAAUAUUAUAAUAUUAUAAAGUAAACGUGUGAACAAGAAAAAAACAAACCAAAAAAAAAAAAAAAAAAAGAACAGAAGA